AGGAAUUUGGGUUCAGUCCUUCCCUAGUUACAGCGUGAAGUGAUUUCGCCUCUGUGGCUAGCCCAGCACCACUUUUUUUAAGAGAAUUGCUGCUGGGAAUAUGGACUGUUUCUUUUUUGCUAGAGCGUCUGCUGCUUUUACAUUGGAGGAAUCUGUGAAACGAGCUGUCUUGCUCAGGCUCUGCUAACAGAUAUCCAAUUCUGUCAGAUCUACUGUACUGCAGUUCACGGAGGAUUUAAAGAGAUCGGGUUCCUGUGAAUGAAAGUCUCCUUUUGUCCGAGAAAACAAUUGUGCCCACUAAGCACCUUCUAAAACAACCUUGGUGACCUGAUCGGAUGCCUGGGACGAAAGAAGCACUUUUUCUCCUCUGUUGCUGAACGAGCCGCAUGAAAGGCUAAGGAUCGUUUGUCAGCGAACAGGGAACAAACAUAGCUAGGGGCAGAAUAUGCAGAGAGACGCGCUCGCGAACACUCUGCCGGCAGUGGCUCGUUAAAGCGGCAGGAGCGCUUCAAGUUCGGCAGGUCCUCUGGCGGCGCGUGUGUGAGCUCGUGUGUCCGUCUGUACGGUCGGUCCAUGUCCGUGAAGGGGAUUGCGCAGAAGUGGCUCGAAACUCACGGGGAGAUGCUUAAAUAUUACAGGGACACAUAAAAGGAUAAUUGGAUUGGGCAUGAAAAAGAAGCCAAAAUGGAAGGACUUCUUUCUCCAAUGAGAACGAAGAUGACGGAAGGGCGUCGAUGUCAAGUACAUCUUCUUGAUGAUAGGAAGUUGGAACUUCUGGUGCAGCCAAAGUUACUGGCGAAAGAUCUCUUGGAUCUUGUAGCUUCUCACUUCAACCUGAAAGAAAAGGAAUACUUUGGAAUUUCUUACACAGAUGAAACUGGUCACUUCAGUUGGUUGCAGCUCGACCGAAGAGUACUGGAACAUGAUUUUCCUAAAAAGUCCGGACCAGUAGUUUUGUACUUCUGUGUGAGGUUCUACAUUGAAAGUAUAUCCUACCUGAAGGACAAUGCUACAAUAGAGCUGUUUUUUCUUAAUGCAAAGUCCUGUAUUUACAAGGAACUGAUUGAAGUGGACAGUGAAGUGGUGUUUGAAUUAGCUUCCUACAUCUUGCAGGAAGCAAAAGGAGACUACACAAGCAAUGAUGUUGCAAGAGCUGACCUGAAGAAGCUGCCAGCCCUCCCAACCCAAGCACUAAAGGAGCAUCCCUCUCUUGCUUACUGUGAAGACAGAGUUAUAGAGCACUACAAGAAGCUGAGUGGUCAGUCCAGGGGCCAAGCAAUUGUAAAUUAUAUGAGCAUUGUGGAAUCUCUUCCUACAUAUGGUGUGCACUACUAUGCAGUUAAGGACAAGCAGGGUAUUCCUUGGUGGAUGGGACUGAGUUACAAAGGAAUAUUUCAGUAUGACUACCAUGACAAAGUGAAGCCACGAAAAGUUUUCCAAUGGAGGCAGCUGGAAAACCUGUAUUUCAGGGAAAAGAAGUUUUCAGUGGAAGUCCAUGACCCACGUAGGGCAUCGGUAACCAGAAGAACCUUUGGUCACAGUGGAAUUGCAGUCCAUACAUGGUAUGCCUGUCCUGCCCUUAUAAAGUCCAUAUGGGCGAUGGCCAUUAGUCAGCACCAGUUUUACCUGGACAGAAAACAAAGUAAGUCAAAAAUUCAUGCAGCCAGAAGCCUAAGUGAAAUUGCUAUUGACCUGACUGAAACUGGAACACUGAAGACAUCCAAGUUAGCUAAUAUGGGAAGCAAAGGAAAAAUUAUCAGUGGCAGCAGUGGCAGUCUUCUGUCAUCAGGUUCACAGGAGUCAGAUAGCUCCCAAUCUGCCAAGAAAGAUAUGCUUGCAGCUCUAAAAUCCAGACAUGAAGCUCUGGAAGAGACACUGCGCCAGCGCAUAGAAGAACUGAAGAAACUAUGUAUACGAGAAGCGGAAUUAACAGGAAGAUUGCCAAAGGAAUAUCCUUUGGACCCUGGUGAGCAACUCCCUAUAGUGAGGCGAAAAAUUGGCACUGCCUUUAAACUGGAUGAGCAGAAAAUCUUGCCCAAAGGAGAGGAGGCAGAGCUGGAGCGUCUAGAAAGGGAGUUUGCCAUUCAGUCUCAGAUCACAGAGGCAGCUCGAAGACUUGCUAGCGAUCCUGGUGUUAGCAAAAAGUUGAAGAAACAACGGAAGACCUCUUAUCUGAAUGCACUGAAGAAGCUUCAGGACAUAGAGAAUGCGAUUAAUGAAUGUCGUAUUAAAUCUGGGAAAAAGCCCACUCAGCGGGCAUCUCUUAUUAUAGAAGAAGCAAACAUUGGCUCUGAAGAUAGUUCCUUAUCCGAUGCUCUUGUUCUUGAAGAUGAUGAUUCUCAGGUGACCAACACCUUUUCUCCAACUGCAUCUCCGCACAAAGGCCUGCCUCCCCGUCCCCCUUCUCAUAGCCGGCCAGCACCUCCGCAGUCUCUUGAGGGGCUGAGGCACUUGCACUACCAGCGUAGCGAUUAUGACAAAUCUCCUAUCAAGCCCAAAAUGUGGAGCGAGUCAUCUUUAGAUGAGCCAUACGAGAAAGUCAAGAAGCGUUCUUCUCACAGUCAUUCUAGCAAUCACAAGCGCUUUCCUAGUUCAGGAAGCUGUGCAGAAGCUGGAGUGAGCAAUUCCUUACAGAAUAGCCCAAUCAGAAGCCUCCAACACUGGAACUCCCAGUCAAGUAUGCCGUCAACGCCAGAUCUACGGGUACGCAGUCCGCAUUACAUCCAUUCCACUAGAUCAGUAGAUAUCAGCCCAACUCGACUGCACAGUUUAGCACAGCACUUUAGACAUAGAAGUUCCAGCUUGGAAUCACAAGGCAAACUUCUGGGUUCUGAGAACGACACAGGGAGCCCUGAUUUCUAUACACCCAGAGCACGCAGCAGCAAUGGUUCUGACCCACUAGAUGACUGUUCUUCUUGCACCAGCCACUCAAGCUCGGAGCAUUAUUACCCAGCCCAGGGAAGCCACAAUUAUUCCACUCUUGCUGAGGACUCCCCAUCCAAAGCUAGGCAGAGACAAAGACAGCGACACAAAUCAGCAGGGAACCUUGGAUCCUCAAAUUCUGGUAGCAUGCCCAAUUUGGCUGCAAAAAAUGGUGGAACACAGCAUGGAGUUUACAUGCAUAGCCAGAGCCAGCCAUCCUCGCAGUACCGGAUCAAGGAGUACCCUUUAUACAUAGAAGGAAGCCCAACACCACUGGUGGUGCGCAGUCUGGAGAAUGACCAAGAGGGACACUACAGUGUAAAAGCACAGUUUAAAACUUCAAACUCUUAUACUGCUGGUGGGAUGUACAAGGACAGCUGGCAAGGGGAGGAUGGAGAAGGAAGUGGUCGAUUAACUCCCUCACGCUCCCAGAUUGUAAGGACUCCCUCACUGGGAAGGGAGGGCAGUAAUAGGACUGCUGUGUCUGAUGAGCUUAGGUGCUGGUACCAGCGCUCGUCAGCAUCCCUUAAAGAGCACAACAGACUGUCUCACACAAGUUCAAAUUCUUCAGAUAGCAGCUCCCAAUAUAGCACACUACAGGGCUCAUAUGUGGCACAGAGCCGGGGAUCCAGGAUACCACCCUUCUCCAGUACUUCAGCAGCUGCCUCCCCUCGCAGUCAGAGGAGCAUGACACCAUCUAGUGAACUUGUAGCAUCACCUCCCAGCAGUCCACAACAUCUCUUAAGUUGGCAGAGUGGGUCCUACAAUGAAAGCUGUUACAUGGAUAGUACCCGGUACUCUGAAAUAGUGGAUGUUCAGUGGUAUGGACGAGAGAAGGCCAAGCCUGGAACACUGGUCUGAACUUAUUUUCACAGCCGAGCUACUUAGCACAUGUUUAAUUUUUGGACUUCCUUGCUUUUUCCUUUUUGUUGCCUUAUCUUCGUAGAAUCUUUCCUCUAUGUUCAGCUGCAAGCACUUUUAUUUUAGUUCACUGAGCAAUGUCAUAACUUGGGACUCUGUGAAAGAUAUGAAGAUGCCGAGCCCUGGAACCGUACAGUUUUUUUUUUUUUUCCUUUUUCUUUUUCAAUGGUUGUUACAGCUGGUCUUUAGUUCUACAGAUUAACCAUCAACUGGACUCUGACAGGAAAGCCUUUGUAAAAUUCCAGCCUUCAAGAAAAUGGCAGUGGAGAUCUCCAGUUUGAAAAUGCGGCGAAAACCCGGAGGUAAUGAUGGAUUUACAAAAAAAAGACCAAGCCAAUCAGUCAUCAUCUUGGACAUCAGACAUUCAUGUGCAAUGCAAUACCUGCUGCAAACCUGCCCACUUCCAUUAAAACAAUAGGCUGUUGGUUGCUUCAGAAGUGUUGUUUUUUUUUUGUUUUAAACCCAAUUCCUGUGGGUUCAUGGCCUCUGAUUUUGAACUACUAGGAAAUUACUUUGUUCCUCUAAGUUUUGGGGUUUUUUUAAAGAAGGAAUUUCAGCUUGUUACUUGAAAUAUGGCAGUGGUCUUUUUCAAUAUGGCAGUAAGUCACUAGCUUCUGAACUAAACUACCAAAGAUCAAAACAAGAACAUAAAGUACUGAAUUGCUUCUUACGAGACCUUCGCUUGAACGUUCAGAACACGUAGAGAGCACAGUUCGAUUAUCCUGCAACUCAAGGACUUGAGAAAAGGGCAACUGUCUGCAGUUUUUUGUUGAUCUACCUAAAGCUUCGACAAACAGAAUUUCAGUUUAUUUUUGGUAAUGAUUUUACAUUGUCUGUCACUCAGACAGGGCCAGUUUGUUCAUUUCUCUGUGUGUUUUAAACUCUUUUCAGAUUAAGCUACAGUAUUCAGACUGCAUAAAGGAUAAAACAAGAAUUGAAGCUUAACAUUUUAAUUUCAGCUUCUCUGUUUUUAGGUGCGUUUCCCUGUCUAACACAUUCACAACUGACUAUUGCUGAUCCCUGAGCCUCUUCUACCUUGGUAGGAGUUAACAGCCGUGACGUUUAUUUUAGUAUGACAUGGUUUUUGGCCCUUUUUUUGUUCUCUUUGAUCUUUCUGCACCCGCAACAGAAGGGUUCUUUGCCCAUAUUGGUGCUUGUAUACCCUUUGGUGCUGUAAUUGCUUGCACUGUGCCAUUACUGCAGCAGCAAGGUAAGCUUUUAAAACUGGAAGUGUUUGAACAUAUCAAGAAUGAAUUCCAUCAGAUCAUCAAGGGAGUUGACAAAGCUGCUGUAUUUCUUUACUGAGUUUCUUUUUACUCAGAAACUUCCAGAACAAAAGUUGGUUAGCAACAAGACAACAUUAAGCAUAACAAAACCUAUCAAAUGUUUAUUUUUGUUAUAGUAUGUGGUACUGGUCCAGGGUGCAGUGCCAUCUUUAAUAUUACAGACUACCAGCAUACCGAAACCCUCCGUAACACCAGGUGUUUCAGAUACCGGUUCCAGUAACCUUGAGUCUCAGGUGAUUUCUAUGAAGACUGUUGGUUCUCGCUCUGCAUCAGUUGAAACUACUUGCUUUCUUCUAAUCUGUAAGCUAAAACAGCUGCUUCAAAGUGAUGGCAUCCAGGAUGCACAAAAUCCAGGAGUCUUUGUAUUUGUCGCUUUGAAAUUACAACGCACAAAAUAAAUACACAAUUAGCAGUAAUGGAGUCAACCAAACAGUCUUUAUUCUAGCCUUUUUAAAAUCCCUAAACCAUUCAUUUCUGGCCUGUUUUUCCGUCUCCUUGUCAGGUCACUAACUGGGUACGGUUUCUAUACUGUACAUUGUUAUAACUCUUUAGAUGAUGAAUGAGAUGAAUCAAAGUUUUUAGAGAACUCUUUGUGUAGUACAUUCCGUCUGCUAAUGAAAAAGGAAAGUGCAUGAGCAAAACAGAAAAAAGAAAAUAGUCAGCAGCUAAGGAAUAUGAAACCCAAUUAAACAUAAAAUCCAUGUUAGAAGAACAGCCUAUUUAAACUAAAACUGCUAUUAGAUAGACCCUGCAAUCAGAAUGUUGUUUGAAGUCUGCACUCAGUAUGUAGUAUGAGCACAAUAUUAUUCCAACCAGACUGAAGCGUGGCCGAAUUUUGUAAGGCAGUGUUAACUCCAAUAACAGAAAUUUAAAGUGCCCUUUACCUGAUGUUCACACCUCUACCAAGGUUAUAGGAUGAGAAUUCACUGACCGUUCAGGCAAAACUUCUUUCAUCUUUUCUCUAUCCUCUCGGUUCAGCACUGCUGUUUUUGUUAGUUUUGUACAUGUGGUCACUGAUUCAGACAAAGUACCCAAUUCCAGAGUCUCCUCUUAGUCUUUCUGGUAAGCUGUAACAAGUGUCCGUCGAAUGAGUUGUGUUCAUUUUUGAAUACAUAAAUGUGAUUCAUGAGCGCAUUAAAAAAAGCCGUACGGUGAUUCCGAGCUCGGUCACUCAUAUGAGGCAGACUCGGACUGUCUAGGCGCCUGCAGCAAUGCGUACUUUAUUAUUUUGUACCUCUCAUGCUCGACUUUUUUUAACAAGUUGAUUUGAUAUUAACUUUUAAUUCCAACAAACAGUAGUAACAAACCUAUUCAGGUGCUACAAGAUGACCAGCUACUGCUUAGUUACCCUUAGGUGUACAGUUUUAAUCAUAUUGUCAGCAUUAUUUUUUUUAGCAGUUGUUAAAUGAAGGAUUUUAGGUUUUUAAAUUUUUUUUUAAUGAAACCAUAGAAGUCAUUCCCCUAACUGACAAUAGAGCAUGUAAAAUGAUUUUCUUGAAUUUUGUUCGGCUGUAUUCAGACAAUAAAAAAAGUGUAUGUUGUAGAAAAGAAAUGUGGAAUUUUUAAGUUCCACUGUUAAUUUAUUCUUUUUGUAUUAAGAAUUUGUAUAGUAACUUUACAUUUUUCAAGAUAGUGUUGUUGGCAACUGAUAAAUGAAUUUUCAAAAUGAAACAUUUGGUGGUUCAUGAGAUUAUUGAAAAAAAUUAAUAAAUUAUUGCUGAAUGUU